UGAGACCUGUAUUGAUUAUACUUUUACUCCAGGUCCUCAGUUCCAGGUCUUCAUAUGCUCAGAGAGAUGAUAAUUCGGAGAUACAACGGAACUUAUCCGACGAGUUCUGUCUUCAUGAAACUACUCUUGACUUGAAAAAACUUCAUUUUGUUUCUUCUAAAGACCUAAAGGAGUAUUCUCUUGAGUCCUGUAUCUCCCAUUGUCUGCUAGAACAACCUAGAACUGUUUAUGUGAUGGUCAGUCAUUCAGAUUCAACUUUUUUCAGAGCCAGUUUCAACUGUAUUUGUGGUGCUUCAGAUUCAGUUGAAGGAAGGUCCAAGGUUGAUUUAUCGGAGUGCGAGGUUCCGUGUCCUGGAGGACAAUUCAAGUGUGGAGAUGCAAGCAAGGAUCUUCUCAGGGUGUAUUGUAUAAGAGAGGAGUGUGAGUAUCCUAAAACAGAUCUAUGUGGAUACAGGAAACCCUACAGCUAUCAUGGUUGUAUCCAACCUGAGGAUCUGAAUUGGACCCUGGAUAUAAACCUUAAAUCAUUCAAUAGAUCUGAGAGGUUUGAGUGUAUCUGGGAUUGUCAAAAAUAUGAUAAAACAACAACUCUAGCUGUUACAAGAUUGAUCGGGAGCACUGUAACCUGUAGCUGUCUACAGAACACAACAAUACAGAGAGAAGAUGUUAUCUCCACCAAGUUCUGUUCUAACCUAGAACUAGAUACAAGUUAUUACGUUCAUUGUUCUGCUGAUCUCAACCCUGGAGAAGGUUCGGUGUCGUGUGAAGGAGAGAUGAUUGGAUGCAUCUUUUCACAUUUAUUCAAAUCUAAUUUCAGUGCUUCACUGACGGGGUUGAGUAGGAUGAACCCUGAGACCUGUCAGAACUUGUGUGAGAAUACCCUACCUGGAGCAAAGACUGUUGGAGUUCGUCUUAACCCAACCUCAAGAUCCUUAGAGUGCAGUUGUUCUACUGAAUAUCCAUCCUCCUCGUCGCUAGGACCAAAACAAUCUUGUAAUCUAUCAUGCGGAGACAAACCUUGUGGAGGAAACUCAUCCCAUUCAUCUUACAGUUUAUACUGUAUACCUGACAGACGCAAGGAGAGUGGAAUUUCUUUUCAAUCCUUAACCAACCUGGAGAUAGUCGUUUUAAUCACCCGGAGAAACGUGAACAGUUCUUUAGUAUUCCUUACUUUUAUUUUUAUCUUCGGUUUUGUUUUAGUCUCCGUUCAUCUUUAUAUAAAUAGGCACAAUUUCUUUUAUUAAGUGGAACAAUUAUGUUGUAAAAGAUUAGUCUGUGUUUAAAUGAAUAAUUCAAGAAUAAAAGAUGAGAAAAA